CAAGUUUCUUUUUUGUGAUACAAUCGCUCGCAAACAAUUAUUGUUGCUAAUAUGGCGGAUGAAAGCAUAACUCGAAUGAACUUAUCGGCCAUUAAGAAAAUUGAUCCUUACGCGAAGGAGAUAGUGGACUCGUCAUCUCAUGUAGCCUUUUACACGUUUAAUUCGCAGCAGAACGAGUGGGAGAAGACUGAUGUCGAAGGAGCAUUUUUCAUUUACCAUCGAAAUGCCGAGCCUUUCCAUAGCAUAUUUAUAAACAAUCGCCUAAACACGACAUCAUUUGUAGAGCCAAUUACUGGAAGCCUGGAGCUACAAUCGCAGCCUCCGUUUCUUCUGUACCGCAACGAGCGCUCGCGAAUUCGCGGCUUUUGGUUCUACAAUAGUGAGGAGUGCGACAGGAUCAGUAACCUAGUAAAUAGCUUACUGCAAAACAAAGAAAGUAAUGGACCACAUGCUCCAGCUGCGUCCGCAAACAAUUUGCUGUCGCAGUCGAAACCGGAAAAUGCCAGCAUAUUUAAUAUGCUUAGCAAGGCACAGCAAGAGUAUAAUGCAAAGCUAAACAUACCACAACAAAAUUCGGCCCAGCUUGAGAAUGCAACACCAUGCAACGUAUUGAAGUUUUUUGAAUCGGCAAAACAGGCAACAGCGGAUGCGUUUUUCAAUAGGGUGCAACAGCCUCUUUCGGUGGAUCAGUUGGAGAAGCAACAACGCGUAGCUACGCCCAGCGAGGGACAUAGCCAAGCCAGUGCUAGAGAAGUCGAUUUGGCUGGAUCCUCUGAGUGCCGUUUGUCUCCAUUCCAACAGGCAUCGGCAUCUGCAAUCAAUGUUAAUUCUGCAAACGCGUUGUUGCUGGGAAAGCCAAAAAUUGGCCAAAGUUUCGUAGACUCGAAUUCAUCCUUAUUUGCGGCUGAUGAAGCUGAGCAGUGCCUUAGGAGACUGCUUGUCGGUGAACAGUCCAGUGGUGACGCCAGGCCAGCGCUGAUGCCACCAACCAUGUUUGAUGCGCCGAAUGCUAAAUUGGAAACAGGAACGCACUCCCGGCAGCAGUCAGAGUCACACACCUUGAACUCAGCACAAUUCGUUCAAGCCUUCACUUAUUUAAUACAAAACGACAAAGAGUUUGUUAACAAAUUGCAUAAGGCUUAUUUGAAGAGCUGUUCCAAUGCACUUCUUGAUACAAGUAGAACAUAUCAAUAAAUAACUCUGCAUUGAAGCUACAGAAAUUA